GAGAUGUGAGAUGAAAAAGUGUGGGCAAGUGGUUUACGUAUUGUGUUUUAAAUUUUAUCUCCUGUACUUUUCUAUUUACUUUUCUAUUAGCAUUUAUCGUUGUCGCCGUUGCCGGGCGAAGGGAUAAAGCAGCAAGCGUAGCCAGAGCAUUGCCUUCCUUCUACCUCACCUUCCUUUGAACCUCCAUGACAUUCUGGCAUGAAAUGGACCAAAAACUGAUGGUUGACGAUCAAGUGGUGUUUGACGACCAAGGUGUGGUUGACGACCAAGUGUUGGUGGACGUCCUCCGGUGGUGCCUGGGGCCGGCACCCAUGUGCAGCCCGCUUCCCCCCUCCAUCAUGGACUUGGGCUACGGCCAUGGCGGCCACGUCCACGGCGGCUCUGGGGCCGCGGUGGGCGACGACUGCUGGGGCCCCGCCGCUCAGGCCCUGCGCUCCUGCAUCGCCCCCGACGACCCCGUGACGGAGGACGACGUCGAGGAGGACGAGGACGAGGAAGGGGAAGAGGAGGAGGAAGAGGACGACGAGGAGGAGGACGAGGACGGCGACGACGAGGAAGAGCGCCGACGCAGGUCGUCCCGGGGACGCGGCAUGGAGCUCUCCGUCACGGCGGACUUUCUCAGGGAUUCGGAGCUGCUGGUGGCAGGACAACCCACCGCGUCCACCUCGCCUCCCGCGGGCGCGGGCUCCGGCGCGGUGAGCCCCGCGGGAGGGACCCCGUCCAACACGGGGGCGUCGGCGGUGCCGCUGGGGCCGUCGACGACGCCGGGUGCGGUGCCCGGACCGGUGCCCGGGUCGGGCCCCGUGCCGGGCGGGGGGCCCCCCGGCCCGGGGUCGGGCCCCCCGCCGCCGCCAGGAUCGUCGUGCUGCGAGAAUGGCAGGCCCAUCAUGACGGACCCCGUGUCCGGACAGACUGUGUGCUCGUGCCAGUACGACUCGGCCAGGCUGGCGGCGCUGUCCUCGUACCCGAGGCUGUCGUCGUCGGGCGUCGGCCCCGUCGGCGUCUACGGCACCCCCUACCCUUCCACCGACCAGAACCCCUACCCCAGCAUAGGGGUGGACAGCUCGGCCUUCUACUCUCCGCUGAGCAAUCCCUACGGCCUAAAGGACGGCGGCUCCACGGACAUGACGGCGUGGACGCCGGCCGGCCUUCAGCCCACCACGGGCUACUACCCUUACGACCCCACGCUCGCGGCCUACGGGUACGGCGCGGGCUAUGACCUGGCGGCGCGGAGGAAAAACGCGACCCGGGAGUCGACGGCCACCCUCAAGGCGUGGCUCAGCGAGCACAAGAAGAACCCCUACCCGACCAAGGGCGAGAAGAUCAUGCUCGCCAUCAUCACCAAGAUGACGCUGACGCAGGUGUCGACGUGGUUCGCCAACGCGAGGCGGCGGCUCAAGAAGGAGAACAAGAUGACCUGGGAGCCCAAGAACAAGACGGACGACGACGAGGACGCCAUCGUGAGCGACAGCGACGACAACUGCAACGGCAGCCAGCGGGACAAGGACGAGCAGAUGCUGCUGCACCAGCGGGACGCGGACAAGGAGCAGCGCCUGCAGCAGGGCCUCCGGGACGAGAAAGACGGCAUGCACAUGGUCAAGUCGGAGCAGAAUAAGCUGGAGCUCGACGACGACGAGGACGACAUGGACGAGCUGGACGAGAGGAAGUACCACAUGCAGCACCCGUACCACCACCCGCUGCACCAGGGCCUGCCCGGCCUCAUGCUCAAGGACGAGCCGGGCGUCCCGCUGCCCGCGACCAAGCCCAAGAUAUGGUCGCUGGCGGACACGGCCGCCUGCAAGACGCCGCCCCCGCCGCCCCCCGGCAGCGGUCAGCCCUGGCCGCCCUCGUGCGGCGGCGGCGGGCCCGGCAUGGGCGGCAUGGGCAUGAACGGGUUCGCGCUGCCGUCGGCCUCCAUGUCGCCGUCGGCGGCCGCCCCCGCGCCCUACUCCCGGUACGGCGGCGGUGGCGGCGGCGGUCCCGGCGGCGGAGGCUUCUUCGGCGGCGGCUCCUACAGCGGGGGCGGCCACCCCGGCGCCCUCGGCGGCGGACCUUGCGGGGGAGGCCCCGGCUUCCCGGAGGUUCAGACGGACACGCCGCCGCAGACACCGCCCAACCUGAAGCUGCCGAGCGUUGCUGGCAACCUCAACUGCUUCCAGGGCAACCUGCAGGGCAACCUACAGGCCCAGCAAGGGCCCCCCUACCCGCAGCAGCAGCAACAGCAGCAGCAGCACUACAUGCAGGCCACCAGUCCCAACAACUACAAUAGGUUACAACAGCAUCCGCAGCAGCAGCAGCAACAACAGCAGCAACAGCACCACCAAAUGCAGCAGCACCAGCAGUCCCACCUACAGCAGAUGCAGCAGCAACCUCAGAUGCAGGAGAUGUCCCCCGUCAAAGAGAGGUCGCCGAUGAACUCGGGGGACGAGGGCACGGUGUCGCCCUACCACCAGCAGCAGCAUCAACACCAGAUGCAGCAGCAACAGCAGCACCAUAUGAUGAAUGGCAAUACCGGAGCCACGCCUAGUCCCAACGAGAGCACCGCAUUUAAGCCCUUUUACAAAAGUUCACCAACAAUGGGCGGCGGGUUCGUGUCGCCCGUCUAGCGGCGUGUCCUCCGCUGCAUCCUGGCUGUGAGCCCCGGCGGGCCGCCCGGCACGGCCGCCCUGGCGCCGCUCUCCCCGCCCCCACCCCCCGUCC